AUGGCUACAUUGAAACUCUCUCACAUCAUAUUUACAUUGUUUUUAUAUCAAAUAAAAAUUGCAUCUUCGGAAAUAUUAUAUCUUGAUAAUAUAGUUGGUUCCGGUUUCAACAUAAUAAAAAUAAUUGAAAAUAGAAUAACAAGGACAAUGAUAUAUUCAACACCGGAUAGACAAAUAACACAAGUUCGUCAAGGCAGGAAACUAAUUUGGAUGGGAUAUCCAGGUGAAUCUAUUAAGUGUCUUACUAUUUUUUCAUUUGAGUCAUCUUCAAAGAUAUUAAUUACUAUUGAAAUUGAAAAUCCUGCAUAUGAUAGCCUUAAAUUUAUUUACAUGCACAGGAACUACUUUAGAUAUGUCACCAAGGCUUAUUUUGAGACCAACUUUGCAAUGCAAGCAAAGCCUUUAAAAUCACCAACUUCAAAACCUAUUCCAGGCAAACUUCCAAUCCCUAGACUGAAGAAACCCGAAAAACGCAAAGCUGAUGCUGAAAAAAGUAAAGAGGCUAAAAAGAAAAUUGUUGGCCAUCCAAGCGAAACAAAAACUGAAGCAGAACGACAAACUCAAACUGAAUUAUAUACUACAACUAGUCAACAAACUACUCAACCACAAAAGCAGUCAGAGCCUGAAAUUAUUCAGGUAGAGGUAGGAUCAGAUGAUGAAGGUACAGAUGAUUUUUUAGUUGUUUCAACUAGUCAAAAAGUUGAUUUGUAUUCUGAAACUGUUGAUACAACAACUGGUACGGCAAUACAUCCGAAAGAACAACAAGUUAAAAUAUUAACUCAAAUUAGAUACACACAGACAGAUACCCAUGAAUCCGAGGAUACAGAAACACAAACAGAUACGCAACAGUCAAAAGACACAGAAACACAAACUGUUAUACUAACCGAUUCAACGGAGACACAAACACUUAUACCAACAGAUUCUACUGAUACACAAACAGAUACCCAUGAAUCAAAAGAAACAGAAACACAGACAGUUAUACCAACAGAUUCUACUGAGACACAGACAGAUACCCAUGAAACUGAGGAUAUUGGGAUUCAGACUAAAUUAAGGACUAGAUAUCCUAAAAAACAACAUGCUGUAAAAACCAACUCAGUUCAAACACAGACAGAAAUGGUUGUUCCAAUAGGGGGCGAGUUUGAUGAUGAGGAUUCAGAAGGAGAAAUUAUUCCAGUUUUAAUAGGAUCAGAUGGUGAAUAUGAAGAAUUACCCAUGUUUCCAGGAGAAGAAGAAUCAGAUAUAGAAUUUCAAAUAUCUUCAGACAGUGAUAUGGAUAUUGAUGAAUCUACAGAUGAUCACAUUAUACAAUCUGAUGCAAUUACACAAACUGACAAACAGAAUGAUAAUAGAGAUCCUUCAACUCUUCCAAUUAAGAAAAGACCAUAUAAACCAGAUUAA